AUGAGCGACAGCGAAGACAUAGGCGAUGAGAUCGACAACGUUAUCAUGAACAUAGGAAGCUAUACACUCGACGAGCUCAAACUGAUUACCGACGAGUUCGACGAACGACUGGAGGCCCAAAGGCAGCGCCUGGAUGUCCAGCUCGCUGCAGACGCCGAAUACUUGAAGAGUACGACGGCGCAGCUGUCUGCCAUGGGCGCUGGCUUUCAGCAGCCACGUACCGAGCCCUUGGUGCCAGCGGAUCUUGGGCCUAUUGUCAAGCCACGUCGCAUUGGCCGCCAUCGCUCCAAGAAGAGGUCAAAGAAGGGACCUACCUCUGUCGUUUCUGCAGGCAUGGAUGGCCGGAAGUACAUCGGUCUGAACAAGUGGGUAGCCCUGCAAGACGGCAAGUUCAAGAGCAACAUCUCAGCUCCUGUCUCCAGCGUCCCUAUCGGCCGUGACAACGGCCAGAUCGUCUACCUGCCCCUCCUCCACCAGGCUGCCAGCAGCGUCCGCCUCCGUAUUGUGGACCACGACGAGAACAUUACUCCCGGCUCAGCCAAGAUCGCGGUAAUUGAUGACAAGACGAACACCCAGCUCUACCAGAUGAAACGCUCUGACUUCGAUGACAAGACCAAGGACCUCGGGACUCCCAAGGAGCAAUGGGAUGACUCGUGCAGAGUGCUGCGCAGACUCCUGUUCAAGGCCCGUUACACAUUCCUUUGA